UGUUCAUAGCUAAAAGUAAAACAUUAUUUUAUUUAAUAUUGUUAGCACGAUAAAAUGGCAUCUUUUCAUAAGAGAAAACGAUUAGAAGAAUUUCAACCACCUGAGAAGGAAGGUCCUUCAGAAAGAGAAAUCCUUGUUAAACAAUUAGCUACAAAACAACAAAACAAAAAUAUCAAAUUGAAGGAUGAGCUGUUAAAGGAAAAGUGUUUUAUUAAGUCAAGAGAAUUACUUCCACUUACAAAUUUCCAUGCUGGAGCUAAUAAUUUAAAAGGAUUCCAGGAUAUUGGUGAGCAAGUGAAAAGACUUGAAGAAUUAAAGCAUAAAGGCUUAAGUGAUGAAGAUGUUAAAUUGUAUUUGAACUAUCAAAAUGGUAUUGAGCAUGUGUUUGAAACAUAUAAGAAUUAUGAAAAGAGUCAUCUAAUGAAUAGGAUAGAAUCUAUUGUGAAAAUUGUUAAUGAAGAUAAAGCAACAAUUGAUUCAAAUGAAUCAAGAAUUCCCCAUCCUUUAGAUAAUUUUAGUGAGUAUGAAAAGAAUUUUAUGAAGAAAAUUAAUGAGAGCACAGAAAUUGAUGUGAAACACAUUAGGAAAAAAGCAAGGAAGUUGGGAAAUAGAUUGAAUAAUGUGGAAAGUAGAAGUGUUGAAUCAAAAAGUUGUAAUAAUGAAUAUUGUGGUAAAAGUAAAUGGGAUGUUAAGGAAAUUGAAACUGUGAAUCCAAAAAUUAUAGAAAAGAAAAUUUAUACUUGUAUGAAACAGCAACUUUAUACAAUAAAGAAUAACGAAAUAGUUACUGUGGAGGAAGCCAAAUUGGUUGAUAUUAGUGAUGAACAAUUGAGCUUGGAAGAUAUUAAAAAAUUAGCAAAGUUUCUGAAUUAUGCAGAAGGUGAAGAAAAUAACAUAUUGUAUGUGAAAAAUCUACAAAACCAAAUCAAGGAAAAGCAUUUGCUUGGAUUGUUUCAAAGCAACAAAGAGGUUUCAGUGAAACUCUUGGAUGGAAGGAUGAAAGGUCAAGCAUUCAUUACAUUCUCUGACAUACCAACAGCAAAAGCAGCAUUAGUUAAACAUAAUGGUAGGUUAAUCAAUGGCAAACCAAUCAUAAUACAAUUUGGGAAAAGAAAAAAAUGAUAUUGUCAAUAAACAUAAAAUAAU